AUGAAGUCGAUGGUGAGGGAGUCGAAGGCGAGGAACUCCACGGUGAGUACUGCAGCAAUGCAAGCUUGUGAAAUAGUUCUCCUUCCUUUUUAUACGUUUUCUUCAUCUCCAUCCUCUGCUAUAUAUAAGCAGACCGAAAGUAACCAACAAAUUGAGCAUCCGUCCGACAACAUGGUAGACUGCAAUGUGAAAAGUGGAAUGGAGGUUUACUCAUCCGAGAUCGUUAGUGAUGAUUGUUUGGCUGAUGAUAGGUUGGGAAUAGAAAAUGAGAUUUUGGUUCCAAAGGUUGGUAUGAAAUUUGACAGUGAGAAGGAGUUAUUUGAAUUCUACAAGAAGUAUGCUUAUGAAAUAGGGUUCCCUAUUAGAAAAAGAAACUCUAAGAAGGGUGAUGACAUGGUUGUUCGAUACGUGAGCUUUACUUGUAGUCGAGAAGGUCGACGGAAGACUAAUAGAAGUACUUCUUUGAAUCCUCCGCCAACGAUUGAAAUAGGGUGCAGAGCUAGGUUGACAGCGUGUUCUAAUGCUCGUGGAAUAUGGCGAAUAAACGUUGUGCAGUUAGAGCAUAACCAUAAGACAAGCCCAUCUAAAUCUAGGUUAUAUCGAUGCAAUCGGGAACUUAGUGCACACGUUAAAAGAUGGCUUGAGGUCAAUGACAUAGCAGGGAUCCCAUUGCAUAAAAGCUAUAACUCAACUGUAGUAGAGGCGGGUGGAUUCGAGAACAUGACUUGUGUUGAGAAAGACUGUAGGAAUUUCAUUGAUAAAGUGCGGCGUUUAAGACUUGGUGAAGGAGAUGCUGCUGCAUUACAGAGUUACUUCUCGAAAAUGCAAGCAUACAGUCCUAGUUUUUAUUUCAGUAUAGACUUGGAUGAGGAGUCUCGGUUAAGGAAUGUGUUUUGGGUGGAUAAUGGAUACAGGCAAGCAUAUAAAGAAUUCGGUGAUGUAGUUACUUUUGACACCACUUAUCUGACUAAUAAGUAUGAUAUGUCAUUCGUUCCUUUCGUAGGGGUGAAUCAUCACGGGCAAUCAACUUUAUUUGGUUGUGGAUUAGUUUCGAAUGAAGAUACAAAUACAUUUUUGGCAUUUUUUGUAACCUGUGCACUUGGCAUUUUUUUGUAACCUGUGCACUUGGUUUUGUAAUUAAUCUAGAAUGACCGCAUCUUUUGAUUUUGAUUAUG